AUGGAUUACAUGAGACAAUUGAUUGAAACUUGGAAUGAAAAACACAGUGAAGAAGGGAGAAAUACAUUCACUGAUCUUACUAAUGAGUACAAUGAAGCUUAUGAGGAUAACAAGGAAUUAUCACACCGCAUGACUGUAAGGGCUUCCACUGAAUUCCUACAUACAGUGACAGAUGGUAUGAAGAGAUUUAGUGUGUGUCUUCGAAGUAAGAUUUGUAGUUGUGGAAGGUUUCAACUUGAUGAGAUACCAUGUGGACAUGCUUUGGCUGCUAUAAUGUACAGGCACCAACAUGGAGAGGACUACUGCUCUGCCUACUACAGCAAUAAAAAUUUCAAAGAUACAUAUGCCAUACCAGUGGAACCUCUUCCAUGCGAGAGUACAUGGGAGAUACCAUUUGAUGUGUUGGAACAAAUUGUUUUACCACCAGAUUCUAAAAGACCUCCAGGGAGGCCAUCGUUGAAGAGAAUGAAACCAUUUUAUGAGGUGAAAUUUAAGAGGGAAAAGAUGACAUGUAGCAAGUGUGGCAUAGAGGGGCACAACAAGAAGACAUGUAGCAAUUUGCCCAAAUGA